UAUUCCUCACAUUCAGCAUCCUACGAAUCUCUAAAGAUCGAAAGAAUUGAUUGUAAUAGGGGGUUCAGAGAGAUCGUAACGGAAAAUAAAAAUGACUUCUCCUAGAUCAAUUCGGGGAAAGAACUCAGUGACCUCGCUGGGUUCAAAGAAAUCACUAAAUACUUAUUUGGCGAGUUCUUUAAUGAGUCAUGACAGUAUUUUUGAUGGUCCUGGCUUAGGAACAAGCGUUCCAUCUAGUAUUUCUAGUUUCCAUCACAAAACUCAACGAGGUUCUUCUGAUGCUAGUAUUAGUCAAUUCAGCAUGGACUAUUUGCAAUCUGAGUACAACUUGAGUCGAUAUAAUGACACGGACUCUAUCGCCGCAGCUAGCAGCGUAGACUACCCAAAUUUUUUCCGUGAAAAUGGUUCUGCAGUUUACAGUGAUGAAGAAGAAAUUACAGAGAUGAUGCUAGAGGAACUUAACUUUCACCCUAUUUUGCGACGUGAAUCUCCCGGAGAAGCUGCUGGCUUAAGUGAUGAUGGAUGCUGCCAAAUUAUGUAUUUGGUAGAAGAAGAUCUCGAGGUUGGAAUUGCUGGAUACAAGACUAACAAACUCCAUGCUAGAAUAUACAACAUGUUAUGUAUCCUUACUUUUGGUCUUGUUUAUCUUAUAAUGAGAUGGCUCCCUAGAUAUUACAUUCGAUUCAUUGGUAAACGUGAACCGCUCGCUACUGCGGAAUGGUUAACUAUUGAAACUCAAUGGGGUGAGAUCUCGAGGUAUGACAUUCAGGUUCAACCUUAUGAGAAUUCUCUUUCAUCUAUUUUCGGUGCCUCUGUUCGUGUGGCUACACCUGAAGACACUGAUAAUGAUCCUUUCGUUGAAAACUUUCGCUAUGUAAACUAUCGCUACAUGAAGUUAAUUUUCCAUCCCAUCUUGGAACGGUUUCUUAUUCAACAAGAUUGGAAGGAUCCGCGCUGGAUUCGUGAUACCAACGUUGCCAAAGAAGGCUUGGAACGUGAUGCUAUCAAUGAUCGUCUAAAAAUUUUCGGCGAAAAUUUGAUUGAUUUGGAAUUCAAAGGUGUUAUUCAGCUUUUGUUGGAUGAAGUUUUGCAUCCUUUUUAUAUUUUUCAAGUUUUCUCAAUUAUCCUUUGGUCUUUAGAUGCUUAUUAUUACUAUGCUAUUUGCAUUUUCACUAUUUCUGUGGUAUCUAUCAUUGGAAGCUUAAUUGAAACUCAAACGACUUUGAAACGUAUGCGUCAAAUGUCCCGAUUUACCUGUCCCGUUCGUGUUUAUCGUGAUGGCUUUUGGGCUAGCAUUCCAUCUACUGACUUAGUAAUUGGUGAUGUUUUUGAAAUCUCGGAUCCAGAACUAACGGUUUUCCCAGCCGAUGCUCUUUUGCUUUCAGGUGACUGCAUUGUAAAUGAAAGUAUGUUAACUGGUGAAUCCAUUCCCGUUUCGAAGAUUCCAGCUACAGAUCAAGGAAUGAAAGAUCUUUUUGCAUUUUCUAGAAUUAUACCUCCUUCUCUCUCUAAACAUUUCCUUUUCGGAGGAACAAAAAUUAUUCAAGUGCGUAAGCCCUUUGUUAAUGAGAAAGAAGAAGGUGCUUCUCUCGCCAUGGUCGUUCGCACUGGUUUCAAUACCACCAAAGGCGCCUUAGUUCGAUCCAUGAUUUUUCCAAAGCCGACAAACUUUAGCUUUUAUCGUGAUUCUUUCCGAUUUAUCACCGCUAUGUUUAUUAUCGCUCUUGUCGGGUUUGUUUUUAGUUCUAUUAAUUUAUUGACUAUAGGUGUACCUGUUAAAACUAUCAUCAUUCGUGCUUUAGACUUAAUCACAAUUGUCGUUCCUCCUGCUUUACCGGCAACUCUUACAAUCGGUACUACUUUUGCAAUUUCAAGAUUAAGAAGGCAAGGGAUUUUUUGCAUCAGUCCUCAACGUGUGAAUGUAAGUGGAAAGCUUGAUCUCAUAAGUUUUGAUAAAACUGGAACACUUACGGAAGAUGGACUUGAUAUUAUGGGUGUUUCUGUUAUUGAAGAUUCAAAAUUAAGUGAUCUACGAACUAAUCCUAGUAAAUUAUGUUCAAAAGACUUGCUUUCUGAUGAUAGCCCUUCUAAUUUACUGUUUACAAUGGCUACUUGUCAUAUGCUUCGUCGCGUGGACGGUGAACUGCUAGGAGAUCCGUUAGAUUUGAAAAUGUUUGAGUUUACGGAUUGGACAUAUUCGGAAGAGAAUUUUACGAACAAGAUGACUUCUUCUGAGCAAUCUGAGGAUGCCGCUUACAUGCGAACCCAGCAAUUAAUACCACCUACUGUAUCACCUCCAUGGAACGAUCCAUCAAUCAAUUAUUCCGAAAGCGAUUUGGAACUUGGCAUAAUCCGAACUUUCGAGUUUGUAUCUCAACUUCGCCGCAUGGCUGUAAUAGUGAAACAUGGGCAAUGUAAGAAAAUGGAUAUUUAUGUAAAAGGUGCACCUGAAGUUAUGUCUUCGAUCUGCAAGCCUGAGUCGUUUCCUGAAAAUUACGAAGAGGUAUUAGAUUACUAUACCCAUAAUGGUUUUCGAGUUAUUGCUUGUGCAUCCAAACAUUUGGAGAACUGUACAUGGGCGAAAGCACAAAGGAUGAAACGGACACAAGUUGAAUCUGAUUUAGACUUUUGUGGGUUUAUUGUUUUUGAAAACAAAUUAAAGUCUACUACUGUUCCAGUUAUUAGAGAAUUAGAAGAUGCAAACAUUCGGACUGUGAUGUGUACAGGUGACAACGUAUUGACCUCUAUAUGUGUGGGUAAACGGUGCGGUAUGCUUCCAGAAGAUGGUCUGGUCUUUGUACCACGGUUUGAGGAAGAAGAGUCCAUUGGGGAUAUAGCAUCUCGAAAACUUAUAUGGCAGUCAAUUGAAGAUAACGAAGUUUACUUGGAUCCUCUAACCCUUCAUCCUGUGGUGAAUUCCGCAAAUCGUGAAUUAUUAUCAACUGAGUUCAAACGAUUAAAAAAUUACCACAUGGCUAUAACAGGUGAUGUCUUCCGGUGGUUAGUUGAUUAUGCUCCCGCUGAGCAUUUUUAUGUCAUAUUGCUAAAAUCACAAAUUUUCGCAAGAAUGUCUCCUUCCGAAAAGAACGAGUUGGUCUCAUGCUUCCAAAAGCUAGAUUACUGCGUUGGUUUUUGUGGUGAUGGAGCAAAUGACUGCGGUGCAUUAAAAGCUGCUGACGUUGGCAUUUCGCUGUCUGAAGCUGAAGCCUCCGUGGCUGCUCCUUUCACCAGUCGGUGGUUUGAGAUUUCUUGCGUACUAGAUGUCAUUAAAGACGGUCGUGCAGCAUUGGUAACAAGUUUUGGUUGUUUUCAAUACAUGGCUUUAUAUUCUGCUAUCCAAUUUGUUACCGUCAGUAUGUUGUAUACAACAAAUUCUAAUUUAGGCGACUUUCAAUUCUUAUUUAUUGACCUGGCAAUUAUUUUACCGAUUGCCGUAUUUAUGGGACGAUCCAAGCCUUAUCACAGGCUAGCUCGGAAACGUCCUACAGCAAAUUUGGUUUCAAAACGGAUUCUAUCACCUUUAAUUGGACAGAUCUUCUUCAUCUGCGCAUUUCAGUAUAUGAUUCUUAGACUCGUCCGCCAGCAGCCUUGGUACAUAUCCCCCCCUGCAGCUGGAUCCGAAAAAUCAAGCAUUGCCAACAGCGAUGUAACAAGCUUGUUUUUAUUUUCCUGCUUCCAGUAUAUAUUGAUAGGGCUUGUAUUGACUGUUGGGCCUCCCUAUAGACAGAGAAUGUGGAGAAAUGUGUCUUUUACUGUAACAAUUUUCGCCUUGUUGGGAAUUACAGUUUCUCUUAUCAAGCUACAGGAUCAAAACAAUUAUUUUAUGAGAAUGUUUCAACUUACGCCUACGUCAAACAGCUUUCAGAAUCUUAUAAUACUGUCUGCCAUAAUUUAUUAUGUUUGUGCUGCUAGUGGACAGCAAUAUGUUUUUGCUGGUUUGACUAAUACUAUUUCAAGGGUUUAUCAACGGUUGCAAAACAAAAGGAAAUCCUCGAAAAAACUUUACAAACGUCUUUAUACAAAUCUGCAAAACGAACUGGUAUAAGAAACAUCGUUAAUUCCUUUAAAGUUUUAUAUUUUUGGUUGUUUAUUUUUUGGAUUCUAUUUCUUACACGUUUUGUUAGUGAUGAUAGUUAACACUCUUUUAAUAAGUUCUAAAAAAGUACUACUGAGCGGUAUAAAUAGUCAAUAAAGGAGGAAUCAUGUAUUGGUUAGUUCGUAGGCUAUUUUGAAAAGAUGGUGAAACUAAAAUGUAUACAACUUUUUAUAAUAAGUCAUGUUUUCUUUUUUUGUAUUACUCUAAAUCUCGAGAUGAUAUUUGUACAUCGUCACGACCCCAAAGAACUCUGGAAGGACUCCAUACCUGAAGGAUGUUAUCGUCAGCUAAACUAGCAAGGACCCAGCGCUCACUUGGACACCAGCUAAAUUCUGAAAUUCUGUUUGUAUGCCCGCCGUGCAUAAAUAACAACUCAGGGACACCGUCCUCAGCAUCCUCUGCAGACUGUUCUUCUCCAAUUUUGGCAAGAUCCCAUAUGCAAACACGGCGAUCGGUAGAACUAGAAGCCAAAAUAGGUUCGUCAUGAGGAGACCACUCUAGGCCAUAGACAUCGUCCUCAUGUCCUUCUAAAGUAUGAAGGCGCUGAUGAGGAUUUCGAAGGUCCCAAAGAGCAACUGUUUUAUCUGCACUUGCAGUAGCUAACAAGUAGUCAUUAAAAGGGUUAAUAGCUACAGCAUUAAUGGCUUUUGAGUGAGCGUGAAUAACCUUAGGAGCGCGAUCGUUAGGGUUUAACCUAGUAUCAUGUAUCUGUAAAGUACAGUCAUCGGACACUGAAACUAAAAGGGCUUCAUGUUGAGGAUGAUAUUGGACAUCAUUAACAAUAUCAGAAUGUCGAUGAAAUUUUGCGGUAGGAGAUAAAUCCACUGACUGGGUAGCUGAAAAGGAGGAUGUGUUGAUGUCCCAUAAACAAAUGAACUGAUCUUCAGCGGCAGUUGCUAGACGGCCAGUUUGGUUAGGGUUCCAGCAAAGACCAUAUCCUUCGGAAGUAUGACCGUGAAGGAUAGCUUGUGGUAAAGAAUUGUUAGUUGGUAAAGCGCCGUGAUCAUUCAAGUUAAAAAUAUAAGAAUUUCCAGCAACGCCCAUAGUAGCAACAAUGUCAGGAUUUUGAGGCAUAUAGCGAGCCCGAUUCACUUCGCCAUCGUGACAAAUCUUUUGAGUAAUUUCGAUGUUGUAAGAGCCUUCACGUUGGGCUCUACGAACAUUAGCUGGCGUAAUGUCGAUAGUAUCCUCGUCAAAAUUGGGCAAUUGGACAGAAGCCACUUGCAGAUAAUUUUGAUCAUGGCCUGAAGUAUGGGUUCCUAGGAGAAGCCGUUGAACAGAAUAAUCUUUGCCUGAUACCCUAUAGUCACAUGGUUAAUAAGAUGCUUGCUUAAUAAAGAUGGAAACAG